AAAUUACACAAAAUACUUUGAAAAAAGGCGAAAUAAAAUGGAGCCUACUUCUUCUUCUUCUCCUCCAGUCUCCGAUUUUCUUCACACCACUCUCCUUGAAUUAUCAAAACCAAUCUACAACCUACUUUCCAAAACCUCUUAUCCCGAAUCAUCAUCACCCAAUCUCAUCAAACCCCUCCUCGAAUCCCUAAUUUCUCCCCAAACCAAUUCCCGAACCACAACCCUAACCAACUUCACCUUACUUUGCGCCACUCUAUCCUCUUCCCGAACCUCAACCUCCGAUCACCUCUAUUGGAUUCCACAAUCCUUAUCCGACGCUUCCGAUUCCGCUUUUCGACAACUCCGAAACUCUUAUUUAACUUACCAGAGUAAGGAUUUGGUUCUGGAACUGCUUCCUAGGGUUUUGCCUUUGGUUAAAGCGAGUAUUAAGGAGAGUGUGAUUGGAAAUGAUGAUGAUGAUGACGUGGAGGUUUCGCCUCAGGUUCCUGUUGCUUAUGCUGUUGUUUCUGCUUAUCAGCUUACGUGGCUUGUUACUCAGGUUGAUUUUUCGGGAUUGGGGGAAGUGUGUUCGUUGUUUAUUCCGUGUGCGCUUACAGCUCUUGAUCAUUGGUCGCCCGAAGUUAAAGGACAGGGAAUGAUUACCUUCAUACAUCUUGCAAAGCAUGUAAAUUCUAGUGAGUUUAGUUUAUAUGGAGAUGUGAUCCUAGAUGCAUGCUGCCAAAAUGUUGCUUCUAGCGAUGAAAUAUGGGAGCAUGUGGUUGAAAUGUCAGUUCUCAUGGUGACUUCUAUCCAACAAAGUAAUCCUCGUAGCUCAUGGUAUGAGAAACUGCUAAAUGAGAUGUUAAGCCACUUAUGGCGACAACCAAGAUCUAAAGAGCGUCGUAUCGCCUGGCUUAAACACAUUGAGCCACUUUUCAGUGGCAUGGGACUUGUACUGUUAGGUCAUUUCAGGCGUAUUUUCCCGCUUUUCUUCAAAUGGAUGCAUGCUGAUGACGAUGAAUCUGUUCUACUGGUUCUCGACAGUGUCAAAACAGUUAUAAAGUUCACGUGGAUAAGAUAUUCACCAUAUUAUGAUAAAUUAGUAGAUGAGUUGGUAGUUCUAUACAAAGAAGCAUCACUUAAAGUUGAAAGAGAAAAUAUACGAGCUCGUACACUCCAGAUACUCAUCUUGCUUCAACGAUGCAAAGGCCUGCAAUUUGAAGCAGCUUGGGAAAAACACAAGGAUGAUCCAAACUUAUCAACACUUUGUCCCUCGUUGACUUCUAAACCUGUCAUGGCUACUGAUUUUUGCCCAAUUUCAACUUGAUGACAGAGGUAAUUUGAAGCCUUUGGUUCAAAUGGGCCCACCAUGAACAGCUUUGCAUGCCUGGACAGGAUCUGAUGGUUAAUGUGAAAGAUCAAGCUAUCCAAGCCAGCACCUGCUUCUUAUCACCUCUUCAUGGGUGUUUUUUAGUUCACAAUGAGGUUGUUUACUGGAUUUCUUCUGCUACACAUGUAUGCAGUCGUUAUGCUGUGUAAGAUGGGUGCCAAUGACGAUGAGAUAGUUUCACUAUCAGUCUAUCCAGAAUAAUUUGUACAAAAGAAAAGGGUCUAGCACGAAAGUAGUUGAUAAGGAGAUGUGUUUGAACUUUAUAUUGAUCCUGAUUACUGUUUGAACUUUAUCCAGCUUUGAUAAGUUAUUGCUUUGAUAAAGUGGUGCAUAUACAACGUUAACACACAGUAGUAUAUCCUUGCUUUCCCA